GGCGUCAGAAAUAGAAAGGAGCCGAACGGGGUUGGCAGGCGAGAGCGCGCCGGGGCUGGCAAAGGCGCACCGGAGUGGCUGGCUCGCUUGGCUAGCUGGAGCGCGGCGGGAAGGCGGCGGAAGAAGCAGCCGGCCGCCCGGCCAGCCAGCCAGACAGCUCCCUUGCUGCCCGCUCCCUUGCUUGCUUGCUCGCUCGCCUGUCGAGGAGCGCCCGAUCGCGUGAAGGUGCAGCAGCUGCGGUAGCAGAAGAGCCCGGCCAGGACGCCCUGAAAAGGCUUCGGCUCGGAAGACCGCGAUGGCGCUGGAUUUCCUAGCAGGCUGCGUAGGAGGUGCCGCAGGGGUGAUGGUAGGACACCCAUUCGACACUGUUAAGGUGCGCCUCCAAGUUCAAAAUAUCAAGAAGCCGCUGUACCGUGGGACCUUUCAUUGCUUUCAGUCUAUCAUAAAGCAAGAAUCGGCCUUUGGACUUUAUAAAGGGAUUGGGUCACCUAUGAUGGGACUUACCUUCAUUAACGCCCUUGUGUUUGGCGUUCAAGGAAACACCAUCCGCGCUCUGGGAAACGAUACGCCAUUAAACCAGUUCCUUGCAGGGUCAGCUGCGGGCGCCAUUCAGUGCGUGAUCUGCUGCCCCAUGGAGCUGGCAAAGACCCGCAUGCAGCUGCAAGGGACUGGCGAAUACCGGCUGAAGUCUAAGAACUACAAGAAUUCCCUGGACUGUCUGGUGAAGAUCUACCGAAAGGAAGGCUUGAAGGGCAUCAACAAGGGCAUGGUUUCCACAUUCCUGCGGGAGACUCCCAGUUUUGGGUUUUACUUUCUGACCUACGACUACCUUACCAGGUAUCUUGGUUGCGAGGCGGAGGACAGUUACAUUAUACCUAAGUUACUGUUGGCAGGAGGCAUGUCUGGAAUUGUCUCCUGGCUGUCGACGUACCCUGUGGACGUGAUCAAGUCUCGCCUUCAGGCCGAUGGCGUCGGUGGGGUGGUACAGUACAAGGGCAUUCUGGACUGUGUUCGAAAAAGCUACCACAGUGAAGGUUGGAGAGUAUUCACAAGGGGGCUCACGUCCACACUGCUUCGUGCCUUCCCCGUUAACGCCGCAACGUUCGCUACGGUCACAGUGUUCCUUAUGUAUAUGAGGUCAGAAGAUAGGCAGCUUAGAGGAGAUCUAAGUGGAUGUGAAGCGGGCCCAGCAAUCCAGCAACCUUCAAGCUUUUAACUUCUGAAGCCGAAGGCUGGUGCACCUGUCUUGGUAUAUUAAUGGUUUUUAAAAAAAUAUUAAAUAUAGAAACUGUAAAUUUUUCGUCUGUACAAAGCAUUCUUUUAACGUUAUUUAGGAUUUCACUUCCUUUAUACAAUGGCUUAUUGCCUUACGAUAUCCGUUACAGAAAAACAGGAAAUAAAAGGACUCUUCUUUUAAAAAAAAAAAAAUUACCCCCACCCCAAGUCCCAAAUGUGCACCAGUAUUUGGGUAAAUUCUGUCAUAGCUGCUGCUCCUCCCGAGAACCCGAACGAUACCUGUCUGUCCCUGACAAUGAAGCUCAGUGUAGCUCGUACCAGAAUUCAGCGGGUGUUCUUCCAUUGGGGAGCCCCACCUGUCUCUUCUCCGUUCUCCAAAGGAACAAGGAUUGUUCUUAAGACAUUGUGUAAGUGGUAUGUAGGGAUUCAGUGCUCCCCUUUCCUGCAGCUGGCAAACCACUUAACUGUGAACAGUUCGAUGGAGCUUUUCUGUAAGUAGCGUCCUGCCUCUCUGUGGAUCAGUGGCUCCUGGUGCUAUCCUACACAUAGCUUCCACCCUUCAAACCCCGUUUGAUUUCAGUGGGUUUAGAAAGGUGCAAUCCUGUUUAGGAUGCCGUUGCAAAUCUCUCAGCUACGCACACGUUUUCAUAGUGUUGCUUUCAAAACAAAAUCUUCUCUUUCAAUGUGCGUGGAACAACAUUAUCUGAACCCUGCCUGCGGGUGGUCAUUCAGAAGCCCGCUGGAGGAAGCAAAGUUCGACACCCUUUGCUUCCAUCCUCAUAAUUCUGUGACACACUGUGUGGAAUUUCAUUUUAAAAUCACGUGGGAUACAGGAAAUCCCUUUGUUCCUCGGGCGAAGCUUGCCUUAACUACCUCUGCAAGUUGGAAGGCUGACGCUUUCUGCCUGGAAGCUUGUUACGUAAAUGUUCUUGGGGGGAACUGGGACUUUUAACUUCUGGUUUCUGCAAGUGGGAGUGUGGCAGCAGAACAGUGGAUUAUGCUGUAAUGAAAAGAGUAGUGUAUUUGGAUGGGUUUAGCUUGGUGGGUUGGUUAGAGAACGUGCUGGUGUUGACCGAGCAAAUAAGCUAGUGAUGCAGCUUUAUUAAAGCAGAAAUGCUGAACAUGCAUCCUAAUCACUCAGGCUUGGAUCAAGGAAUGCCUCUGCUCUCCUGCUGUGGAUCCUUGAAAUGCUGCUCUUGGAAGAGUCCUCUGACCCUUCAGAUAGUUAUGGGUGAAGGGAUAUAUGGAAGACAGGGUUUGGAUUUAGCCAGCUUUUUUCACCCAAUUUCCCCUCCAUAUUGUAGCCCCCAUCCCAAUUUAUGUCUGCAGAUCCUCUAAUUCUUAGAAAAGCCUCUUUGUGGAGGCAAAGAGGACACCCCUGUUUACCACCAGCAGACUAGCUGGCUGAAUUCUGCCCAUAUUGUCAAGCUGCAGUUAUGGAUAUAAGUCUGGGGGCUCCUUCAGCUUACUCCCUCGGCUGCGCUGCUAAAAAAAAAGAAAAGAAAUUGCUUCUACAGCAAAACAUCAUAGUUUCAUUGUGUGGCCUAAUCGCAGGGUGGAGAACAAACCAUAGUUUAUGAUUUCAGGUGAAAUAUCCGGAGAUCUGAACCAUGCUGAAAGCUAGUGUCAGUGGGUAGCCAUGUUGCUCCGCAGUGGGACAGCUGGAUUUGAGUCCAGUAGCAACUUAGGAACCAAAAAGGUUUUAAGGGUAUGAGCUUCUGAAAGUCAAAGCUCCCUUCAUCAGGUGCUGAAAACUAGGUUCUCUACUGGGCUUUAGUGAGUAAACGGACCCACCAGUGGCUACGUGUAUGCCACUUGGUCCCUGGUCAUCUGUGUGGCUUAUUUAAGAGGAGGCCCUCUAAGGUCUUCAGACCCUAGACCUAGUUUUAAUGCCGCCCUGCUUAACUUUUUUUUUUUUUACUGUUUCCGUUCCUUAUAUGCUAGUUGUUUUUGUAUUUUCUCUUCCUCUUUCUGCUGCUCUCCUCCUAAGAAGAAAGUGUAAGCCAAAAGACCUCGGUGAUGCUUCUGCUACUGAUGUAACCUACCUUUGGCCUUCCAGAAACAUCCUUGUGUCUCUCAAACCGCCACCCGGAGACCAAUGCUCUUAAGUGUCAAACAGUAAAUUAAGAAAAGAUGGGUGGAAAAGCUACCCCAGAGGAGGGAUCUUUUGUUGAGAAAAAAAAAAAUCCAAUGGCUGCAAAGGCAUUUGCUAGAAACCAAUGACUUAGCGGGACGUGCUACACUUGUAUUUUUAUUGGGACGGGUGCAAUAUGGCUGGGUAGUUUUUCUUUAAUGGGAAAUCUGUGUAGCCAACAGCAUUUUUUUUUUCAACAAUUACACUAGAGAAACCUGUAAAACUGGUCUGUCCUGUACCUUGGAGGUAUCUUGGAUGUUUUGAUGCCUAUUUGCAGGGACAUUCAAAUUGAAUGUGUGAAACCUACCUAAGCUGUUUAUGCACAACGAUUCAGAGCAGUGACAAUUUUCCCUUUUGUACAGU